GUCUCCGCCACACGGGCUCAGAAUGACACACCAAGUCCAGGACUGUUGUGGACCUCUGUAUUUACAUCAGCUAACAGGUCUCCCAGAGAGCGAAAACUUGUAAAAGUUUCAGCUCUGCGGAUUUUACGAAGUCAUUUGCUUGGAUUUAUUUUUGCCUCUUCUGCUUGUAGUCUGUAGAUUUCAGAGGUGAUAGAGGAGAACACACAGAGCGGGAUCUCUCAUGGAAAUGACCAGUCCGCAGCGUUCAGAGAAGCUGCUGUCGGCCGCCGCUCAUCGCUCUGCUGCCUGUUUAAAGAUGCUCAAUGACAUUAAGAUCGAGGAUCGUCUGCGGACUGACGCCAGCUCUCUGGAUGUUAUGAUCGGCGGGGACUCUCAGCAGGCCGUGUGUGAGGGCUGCACGCGGAUCAUCUCAGACCGCUUCCUGAUGCGGGUCAACGACGCGUCCUGGCACGAGGAGUGCCUACAGUGCGCCGCGUGCCAGCAGCCGCUCACCGCCACCUGCUACUUCAGAGACACAAAAGUCUACUGCAAGAGCGACUACCAGCAGUUAUUCGCAACUAAGUGCAGCGGCUGUCUGGACACGAUAGCGCCCACAGAGUUUGUAAUGCGAGCUCUGGAGAGUGUUUACCACCUCAGCUGCUUCUACUGCUGUGUCUGUGAGCGCCAGCUGUGCAAAGGAGACGAGUUUGUUUUGAAAGACGGUCAGCUGCUGUGCAAGAAUGACUAUGAGAGGGAAAGAGACUUGCUCAGCAAAGUCAGUCCAGACAACUCUGACUCAGAGAAGAGUGAGGAUGGUCUGAAUAUAAAGUCAGACAAGUGCUCUGCAGCAGGGAAAGGCAGCAAUGACAGCAAAGACUCUCGCAGGCCAAAACGGCCACGCACCAUUCUUACCACCCAGCAGAGAAGAGCCUUCAAAGCCUCCUUCGAGGUCUCCUCCAAACCCUGCAGAAAGGUGAGGGAGACCCUGGCUGCAGAGACAGGACUCAGUGUUCGUGUGGUCCAGGUCUGGUUCCAGAACCAGAGAGCUAAGAUGAAGAAGUUAGCCCGCAGACAGCAGCAACAGCAGGAGCAACACAACAGCCAAAGGCUAGGCCAAGAGGUGACAUCAGGUUGUAUGGAGAGCUUACUCAGCUCCAUCUCAGGGCCUCUACCUCCAAACCAGCAGCAGCACCUGGUAACCAUGGAGCACAACAGCUACAACACUGACCACUUUCAACAGGGUCUCACCCCACCACAAAUGCCUGGUGAUCACAUGAACCCCUAUGGUACUGACUCCUUUGUCCACGACAUUGACAGUGACACCUCUCUGACAAGUCUAAAUGAUUGCUUCAUGGCCACUACAGAUGUAGGCUCCUUCCAGGGUCAAGUAGGGAACCCCAUCGACAGCCUGUACUCAAUGCAGACCACCUACUUUGCCUCCUGAAACUCCAGCAUUACAAUCAGUCCCAUCCCACCCACAACAUCAUCUCCCAGACCAUAAACAGUAGGUACACAAAGGUGCAGACACAAGACAUUCAGGUCACAUGAUUGUUCUGGAAGACAUGGAUCAGUAAGCAAGGACAAAUGACUGCAGGAAAGACUCCGCCAAAUAUACCUGCCUGACCUCCAGCUGCCAAAGGAAAGGGAAGACUUGAAACUGAAACUGAAAACUGACCCCACUGGCGGUAUUGAGGUUUGGUGCAGAACGUUUGCUUUUCAGCUGGGUUCACUUUGUUGGAAACAGCUGUCAGCAUUUGUAUAAAUAUAAUAGCUGGAGUGCUUAUUAUGAAAAAUGGCAAAGUUCAAGUAUAUCAAAUAUAUCAAAUAUAGCUUUGGUGAUGUCAUUUUAGCCAACCACCAAGCUUUUCUGGUCUGCUAGACAAUUGAUUCAACCCAGUGGUGAAUGUAUACAGUGUACUAUUGUAUAUGUAAAUACUGUUCUUCCAAAACAUCCAGUUUUGCAUGUUAGGAUGGAUAACAAUUUAUUUAUUUCCCACCAAUGUGCUGGUAUGCAAUAAGUCAUAAGUUUUUAUUUAAAAAGAUGAUAUGAUCCCAUUUUAAUGUACAAAAAAACAAUCACUGAUUAUUUUGAUUCUGAUAUUUGUCAUUGUAUUUUUGUUGUUUCAAUGAGUGUGUAAAUUAGUAAUACUUAGCUAUUUAUUUUUCCAUCGAGGUCCUCGAGUGCAUUUUAAAUUUUCUAACUUGCCAAGUGUUCAUACUUAAAAUAAAAAAAAAUGCAUUCUCUUGAAUUCUUGUCACGUUUUGUUGAGUUACAUGACAAACACUAAAGAAGUAUUGGCAGGCAAGUUCAAUUAAUCUGGUAUUGAUAUAUGUAAGCCAUUCUAAUCAAGAAUAAUGCGUAUUCUGACAGUGACCAACAAGCUAUGAAUAGCAAGACUGACAAGCCACUCUGGCAGCUCUGUAAAGCUGUACUGACACAGCAGUCCUUUCAGUUAAAUGAUAAUAUCAGCAUUGCUAAUA